AUGGUUCGCGUCACAACGCGUCCCCUGCCCAUCUACCAGUACAUCAAUUCGCUGCUCAAUUCCUCUGCCUUGCACAUCAUGGCCUCUGAUGCGGAGACUCCCAAGCAGGAGCCUCCUUCCACAGCCUCUCUGUCCUCAAUUCCUCAAAAGCGUGCCAUUGACGAGAUUCACAGCCCUGCGCGACCAUCGCCAUUGAAUCCUGAUGUCAAAUUCGCAGAUCCCCCUUCGCAGACAGACGACGAUGGGCAAGGGUCUCGCUCCAAGCCUAACAGAAUGAAGAAGGAGACGUUGAAGAAGCGCGAGGCCAAGGGCGACAGCGUUCCUCCAACCCCUGACCCGAAAGCCGCCGACAAGGAAAUCGAGCAGAGCGAAUCAAGCCCGUUGCGCUACAAGCUUGCGCCGCCCAAGCUCUCCGACUUUGACCCGCCAAGAGGGCCCGUUCUGACACUGCAUCAUGAGGCCAUUAUGCGUGACGGAGAUGCUGUCCAGUUCUUCGAGACGUCCGACCACGUGGCCAAUAAGAAGAACUUCCGAUAUACACAUUGCAUAGCAGACCCGCGUUUCCCUUCGAUGAUCUACUAUCGCCAGACCGAGCCCGAGCCGUUCGGGCCCCGUUUUAGCUUUGAGGAUGCAGCGUCGCACGUCUUCUUUGACAAGUCAGCCCGGACCGUCACCACUGAUAGAGGAUUCCGCAUGGCACGUGCCAACGUUGCGGUUCGAGAGGGCCGAUGGUACUGGGAAUGCAAAAUCACGCAAGGAGUGCGCCCUCCGCCACCCGGAGAGACGAAGCCGGAGGGCGGCAAGCACGUUCGCAUGGGAUGGGCGAGACGCGAGGCGUCAUUAGAUGCGCCCGUUGGUUUCGACGCCUACAGCUACGGCAUUCGCGACGUGGCAGGAGAGAAGGUUCACAUGUCCCGCCCAAAGGAAUUCUUUCCAGCGGGUGAGGGAAUUCGCGAAGGCGAUGUUAUCGGAUUAGAAAUUCAGCUACCCUCGGAACGCUUACAACGCAAGAUCAUGGCCGGCCAAUACCACCCUGCUGUCGACGCUGCCGACGAGCCGCCGCCUCCGACCGCCGAAGGCGCAAACAUUGUCCGCGACCGCGUACCCAUUCGCUUCAAGGCACAUACCUACUUUGAGAGAAUCGAGUAUCACACCACGCGCGAGCUAGAGGAUCUUAUGAAUCCCUCGCCAUCCACCGCUGCCAGCGCCAACUCCCACCCUCCGCAUCCAACACACGCCACGCCCGCUCUCCGAACGCUUCCGAAUUCUUAUAUCAAAGUCUAUAAAAAUGGCGUUCUAAUGGGAACACCGUUUGAGAAUCUUUUGGGCUUCUUGCCUCCAGCUUCGCGACCGAUGCCGCAGGUUGGCGCUCGCGACGGUCUCGACGACGGCAUGCUUGGCUACUACCCAGCCAUCAGCGUAUUCCGUGGCGGCGCGGCAGAGGUCAACUUUGGGCCAGACUUCUGGUACCCGCCUCCCGAUUUCGACGCGACGCAAACAGAGCCCCAGAGCAAGACGCUGCGAGCCGUGUCAGACCGCUACAAGGAGCAGGUGGCAGAAGACGCCGUGUAUGAUAUAAUUGACGAGGUGGAUUUCUGGAUGCAAGAUGGAGGCCACGACUCAACCCCCGGAGCAGCCAACGCCAAGGCGGAAGCAGUGGAUUUAGCACCCGGUGGUGAGGAAAUUAAAGAAUUGGUGGAGGAUGAUUGA